UGUAUAAGUACUCUUUUUACUUUAUGUAUAAUUAGUGAUCUAUUGAUAAACUUUUUUUGUUGUAUUUUUUAAAGACUAAACUUAAAACUACCUGAACGAGUGUUUGUAUCUAUGGUCAUACGCGGGGAUAAUAAAGCAAACACAUAAAAGAGAUUGAAGGCUGAAUUUUGUGUUUAUAUGGCAAACACGCGACCUAUAUGGAUACAUGGCGACCUUGUUAUCGGUAUCAGUCUUGUAUUUCUCCUUUCCUUAAUGAUCUCGUAAUACUCCAGUUGGAGCUCGCUUAUUUUUCACUUUGACUGUGAUACGCGCAUUCAACGGGAUUACAUUGGAGUUGCCAAUAACUUCCGCUGAAGGUACUAACGAGGAUUCUUUGUGCUUUGCAAAGCUUGCAAUUAAAUAACCGCGUGAUCAUGAAAAUUGCCGUGAUCGGUGCCGGAGCUGCGGGACUUGCAGCACUCCGGCAUUGCACUUCCGGCGCUUACGAUGAUCAAGUAGUGUGCUACGAAAAAACAGACCAAAUCGGCGGCACUUGGGUCUAUCGGGAGGAAACUGGUUUUGAUAAAUACGGUUUACCGAUUCAUACUAGCAUGUACAAAAGUCUCAGGGCUAAUCUGCCGAAGGAAGUAAUGGGUUAUCCCGAUUUUCCAGUACCGGAAAGACCCGAAAGUUAUUUAACGCGUACAGAGAUGCUGGACUUUUUGAGUACAUACUGCGAUCACUUUGCGCUACGUUCUUACAUUCGGCUGUUGCAUCAUGUAGAGCUGGUUGAGCCGACUGCAGAGGCCGACCGGAAAUGGUCGGUCAAGGUCAGGGAUCUGCAGAACGACGUUGUCGUGACCGAAUCGUUUGAUGCAAUCAUGGUGUGCAACGGUCAUUACUUUGAACCUAGAAUCCCGAAGGUACCCGGCCAAGACGUUUUCACGGGCAAGCAGAUACACAGCCACGACUAUAGAGUUCCUGAGAUUUUUGAUGGCAAGACCGUCGUCGUCCUUGGAGCUGGUCCUUCCGGCCUGGAUUUGUCAUUCGAAAUAUCCAAGAAUGCGAAUCGCGUGAUUCUGAGUCAUCAUCUGACCGAGAAUAUAUCCACCGUGUUUCCCGAGAACGUCGUGCAGAAAGCUGAUGUCGUGGAACUGAAGGAGCACGAGGUGGUUUUUGCGGACGGUACGAAAGAGCAGGUCGGUGCCGUUUUUUAUUGCACAGGGUACAAGUACAACUUUCCUUUCCUCGCUGAAUCUUGCGGGAUCCGAGUGGAUUCCAAUAUGGUCACACCUCUUUGGAAGCAUUUGGUGUCCAUAGAGAAUCCUACCUUGGCACUAGUGGGUCUUCCGUUCUACGUUUGUGCCUUUAGUAUGUUCGACUUGCAGACGCGAUUCGUCCUACGACACUGGCACGGCGAGAGGCAGUUUCCCGUGAAAGCGGAUAUGCUGCGCUCCGAGGCUGAGGAAGCGGCGAGACGCGCUGAGAGAGGUCUGCAGAAGAGACACUUUCACAUGAUGGGCCCCGAGCAAGGUCACUAUUACGAUGACCUAGCGAAUACCGCAGGCGUCACGUCGCUACCACCUGUACUGACGAAACUCCAUAACGAGAGCAGCCAGCGUUUCCUAGACAACCAGCAGCAUUAUCGGGAGGAUCGCUAUAAGAUCAUUGAUGACUACAAUUUUGUUCAGCUUUAACGAUAGUUAAGCAAAGUUAUGAAUGAUAAAUAAAAUCUAUUUUAUUCAGGUA